GACCAUCCGGCCGUGCAAAGGCUGAUGUUGUCACAGCUUCUGCUGGAUCAGCUGUUUGCCGCACAACACGACCACGGCAGCAACAGCAACGGCACUGCUGCGGACAUUCGAAGCGAUUGUCAGCCAUAGCCGUCGCCGGUGCUUUCGGCGCUUGCGCUAAUGGAAAAGGAGGAGAACCUGCGGCGCCGCGAAUAUAUCCUCUCCUCAAGUAGGCACCCCUCCGCUCAUUUCUUUUGAGCGCCAAGUUUUUCCAGGAGUGCGACACCAGAGAGGAAGCGAAGCACACGGACCGCGGCAGCAAUCUUAGCAGCAUGGCACGCAGGAACACGAUCAUAUUGUUCGUUGCGACUGUGCUCAUUAGCCAGCUGCUGUUGCUGUUCGUGGCCCUCCAUACGGAAUUCGGGUGCAGCCUAUCAGGGUUCUGCGCGGCUCCAGGCGAGCUCUCGCACACGGCGCUGGCCGAUAAAACUAAGGUCGAAGUCUUCUACGAAACGCACUGUCCCGACUCACAGGCCAUCAUGAGGAACGGCGUUCAGAAGUCACUGCCACUGUUGGACGAGGUCGACAUCGAGCUCGUUCCCUACGGAAAAGCCGACACUUCCGGACAAGGAGGCUCCCUUAGCUUCAGAUGUCAACACGGACAGAAAGAAUGUGAUGGCAACAUGUAUCAUGCGUGCGCCAUAGAUAUCCAUGACGAUAAAAAACAAGUGUUAGAGUUCGCGAUAUGCUCAAUGAGUUAUCGUCAAAAAGUCCUAGAAAACAUCGAACAGUGCGCCAAGCAGCACGGCAUAGAUUACGCCGCCCUCAAAGGAUGUUUUUCGUCACAAAAGGGCAAAGAUCUCCUCGCAAAAAUGGGUCAGAAGACUCGAGAAGGUGCUAAGAUUAUCAACAAAACCGAUCGUCUGGACUUUGUACCAUCAACAAUCAUCGACGGAGUCCCUCGAGUGUAUGAAUCUUACCCUGAUCUCCGAAGGUCGGUUUGCGCCAACGCGAAGCAGAAGCCUUCACAAUGCUGACAGCUGCGUCGGACUUUUUCCGAGCGAGCCCCGAACGCGCCAAAUAUUACAACUUUGUUAUAGCGAUUUCACCCGCAAAUCCAGUCUAUUUCUCCCUCGUUUUUGGGGCUGAAUUAUCAGAACGAUCCCGAUUGGGACCUGAAAUGAUUGUAAGGAGACGUGCCAGAGGCGAGCAGCGAAACACACGGGUCUGUACAUGCGUCCUGGAAACACGCCUCACAAUACGGGAAUUCCGCGCUCGAAUUCUAUUGGCUCGGUAUCGAAACCGACGUGUUUCCCUCUGCCCACGCGAGCGAGCGAACACACUGGUCUCCUCAACAUUCCGCCAAAUAGCUUUAGAUGAGGAUGGUGCAGAUGUAAUCGAAUGAGUGUGGAUUCGCCUAUGAGGAACAAGCUCCCUAUGGGUGAAUUCCCCAAUGAUCGUGCGUGUAAAUAAUUAUGCGAAGAAUAUUGGAACGAAUAAAGAGCCAUACGCAUCGGGUUUCGGAAU